UUCAGUUUCAGUUUGUCAGUUUGAGGUUAAACAACGGCUACCGCUUAGCUGCUGACACAUUCUCCUCCGUACGUCGUCCGUCGACCGUUUUGUGUGCGUUUUUCUUUGCGCAACCGUCAAACAAACCGAAGCCCAACCAACAACAACAACUUGAAAAAAAAAACGAAAAAAUAUUUGAAUGAAUAGUUGGAAUUUUUUAAGGGUCGAAAUUGAAAUCGAAAUUUGAUGUUACAUGCGAUGAUGUGCACUUAUAUGUGAUCCGAUCGACAUUUUUAUAUAAAUAUAAAUCGUACCUGACUACAUUAUAUCUUUCCCUUAUCGCAAUCGAUACUUUUUAUAUUUUGUUUGGUUUUGGUUUUCGGAUAUUCCUACUCGACUCGUAUACCUAUCUACCUACCUAAGGAAUUUUUGUCAUAGGUUCUAUCGAAACGGCUCCUCGUGUCGUGUAUCUGGUGUAAGGGGUUUACCUAUUUCCAACAAUCAAACGAAGGUGCAAUCAAAUUAAAUAAAUAAAAAAGUAAUCUUGAUCAAUAUUGGCAUAAACUAGAAUCGACGAAUGGCACCAGAACCGAAUAGAAUUGAAUUGAAUUUAUUGGUCUUCGAGUCGAUAAGACAGUUCUUGACUAGAGUGAGCUUUAUUGCAAUAUUGUAAAUUUACUGUCUGUGAUUUUUUUUGUCUGAUUUUGUGUUGCCAUCGUUUUAUGGACUUGGCAAAAGCGGCUUCUUGGAAGACAACGCAGCCAAGACUUAAAAAAGUGUUUGUGUGAAAAAGAAUGAGAGCAUACAACUUCGGCCCCGGUGUGACCCUCCAUCCCGUGUCCGCUUGAGUUCUUCUUUUUGAAUUCUUUUAUAACGAGAAUACGUUAAAAGAAGAAGUUUCUUUUUAUUCCUUUUUUAUCGCAAAAUGAAGACGUUCCUUCCUAAAAAUAUUAACAACUGAAAAAAACAGAAAAGAAAUUUGCACUAAACAAGCGAAGAACAAAAACCGUGAGUCAGAAUCGAAAUCGUCGGGCCAAACAGUGAAACGACAGCGGCAAGUGUUUGAACGUUUUCUUUUCAACGGCAACGGUCAGAGAUUUGUAUCUGAUUUUUGCAAUUUAAUGUUAUUUUUCGUGGUCAAAGUCUAAAGUCUGAAGAACCGGCUAUCUAAAUUUAGAAACCAGAAAUAACAUUUAAGAAAAACAAAAAUACCAAGAUACUCCAAUGUGAACUCCAACUAUAUUUUAAGUGACAAUCAUCUUAAAGUUUGGGUCCUUUAGUAUCGGUAGUGGCGGUGAAGGUACAUCCUAACGACCAUUACCAUCACGUCGGAGGCAGACCAAACUGUUGGCGGAUCGAAGAUGUCUUUGAAGGAUAAACUAUUUCAAAAUACUUGGGGCAGCAAUAAGACGACUGGUCGCCGGUCUGGAAGUGGGUAUAGCUGCAGUUUUUUAGACCUACAAUCAAUACGACGUUUAUUAGAACAUGAAACAAGUGGCGCAGUCUGUCCAAGUUGUCGAAUUUCAUUUGACAAAGGAAAGCGACGGAAAUUGAUUGACACCUGUGGCCAUGAGAGAUGCUAUUCCUGCAUGUUUCGCAACGAUCAGUGUCCAAUGUGUAUGAAUAGCUCUUUGAAAGAUGUGGACUGUAGUAAUACCCAAGGCUAUGAUACGGGCAUUGGCGGAUCGACAUCAACAAUUGUUAGUCCUCUGGGGUCUCCACAGCCACAGCUAAGAUCACAAUUGCGCACAAAUGCCGCUGCUUUGUCAAAAUAUAUGCAGAAUCGCCAGGAGUCGAUAUCACCAGAUUUUCGAUAUGCUAGCGUUGGCAAAUUACCCAAAUCAUUAGGAUCUCCGAAUGGGACAGCUUCAACACUACCAACCACAACAUCAACAUCAACACCAGCGACCACGACAUCAUCUUCGGGCAAUGACAACAAUAAUAGCUUUGGAGAAAUCGCUAAUGCUGCAGCAGCCGCAUUUGCUACACCACCGCCAACUAGAAGAAGAUUUUUCAAUCAUAAAAAUUUAAGAAGUGCACUGACCGGUGGUCACCGGAGAACGGCAUCUAAUGGUUGUCCAAUUGAUUCGUCAUCAAUUUUAUCUGGUGGCGUUGGAGACGGUAUCAAUUUACCAUCUGUUUCGAACGAAAAGCAGAAUGAAGAAGAGCUUCGAACAAGGCUGGGUCUCCUCCUGGAUGCUGGUAAAUCUAGCAGCUCGACAAAUAUCAGCCCUGACUCGCAAACCCUUACCGAGUCAUCCGAGUACACCGAAGCCAUCAAUGGACGUUUUAAAUCCAAAGACUACAAUAAGACAUUUGGUAGUCAAUUUUCGGUGGCAGCAAAAGAUGAAGUUGGAAGUAUUGCUGGGAAGUUCAAAGCAUUUUCCAUCAACGAACGAACUGAUGCAUUCGACUGUCCGAAACUGCGGAAAACAAUGGUCAGACGAUCGGCUCGGUCGCAACUACGAAAUACUGGAGGAAUCUAUAAGUCUAGCCCGGUUCAAGCUGUUCAACUCGCUCUUAAACCUCUAUUUUUCGAAGUUCCCCUUCAGGAACCUGAUCCACCUUUUAUUGGACGGCAGUGGCUACUGCGUGAACUAUCUAACAUUCUGACAACCACAGAAACACCAGGAGUACUGAUCAACGGAAAUCCUGGAACAGGAAAAACCGCCUUAGUAUUACAACUUGUUGAGUAUUCGUGCUUUGGUCGACGCAAGGAUGUUCCUUACACUGAGACUGAUGGGAUCUACUGUCAGAUCAAUAUCGGCCAUGAUAGGCUGAAGGCAUUGGCCUCCCAUAUUGUUGGCUAUCAUUUCUGCCAAGCCGACACGAACCUAACCUGCUUGGUGCCAGACUUUGUGCAUUCUCUUGCUGCCCAGCUGUGUCAGGCCCCGCAACUGGUUGCAUACCGGCAGUACCUGAUAAAUGAGCCACAUCUUCAGAAUAUACUUUGCGUGAAGGAGUGUAUUGCUGACGCGGAAAGAGUUAUGCGUAUGGCGAUCCUGGAGCCGUUGACUAUGUUGAAGCGCUCAGGAAAAAUUGCUUCAAAAACGUGUGUGAUUUUGAUCGAUGCAUUAUGCGAAGCUGAAUACCAUCGACCCGAUCAUGGCCACACCAUUGGAACUUUUCUUGCCAAGAUGACACAAUACUUUCCUUCAUGGCUGAAGGUAGUUGCCACAGUGCGAACACAAAUGCUGGAGCUCGUAAAGGGCCUCUCUUUUACCAAGAUGACUUUAGAUAGCUGGGCUUCAAAUGAUCUCCUACAGAAAGACAUGCUCGACUAUGUCACAUUCCGAGUAAACCAUAGCGCAGAAAUCCAGAACAAUAUUGCCGGAACUAUAAAGGAACACAAUUCGGGACAGUUGAAAUUCAUUGGCCACCUGCAGGCUCUAACCAAAGGUUCGUUUUUGUAUGCAAAGCUUAUUUUAGAUCUCAUCGAGCGAGGACAGUUGGUGAUCAAAUCGACAAGUUACAAAGUGUUGCCAGUCUCCUUGGCACAGAUCUUUUUACUGCAUUUUAAUCUGAGAUUUCCGACCGGCUCGAGUUUCGAAAAAGCCUCCCCGAUUCUCAAUGUGUGUCUUGCUGCCCUCUAUCCACUAACACUUAAUGCCAUUUACUAUACGAUAUGUGCCCUCAAGACCGAUGAGAUCAUGAGUUGGGACGAGUUCCUGCAACGUUUUAAACUUCUCGAUGGAUUCCUGGUGAAACGCAUCGACAACACUUAUAUGUUCUUCCAUCCUUCUUUUAGAGAGUGGCUUAUCCGUAGGGAUGAUGGAGAGUCUUUGAAGUUUCUAUGCGAUUUCAGGCUUGGACACGCUGCCAUAGCUUUUCGCUUGUCAAGACUUCAGCCUCCUCUCGAUCCAGAGCAGACUCUAGAACUAGGCCACCACAUUUUGAAAGCGCACAUUUACCGAAAUUCUAAGGGACCACCUUCGCCGCGUGAUAUGCAGUCAUUUUGGAUUGCCAGCGUGACCGACUCAAUUUCAGCAGCCUUAGGUUCUUUAAGGAACGUCUACAAUCCGAAUAUGAAGGUUUCACGGCUUCUUCUUCUAGCUGGUGCUUCUCCUCAUUACCAAACCGAGUUCAUGGGUGAUGCCACUAUACUCUGCAUAGCCGCCCAUGAGGGAAUAGUGCCAAUGGUAAGUUUGCUGCUCGAGUUCGGAGCUGAUGUGGAGAGAACGAAUAGUCAAGGGUGUACACCUCUAAUUUUGGCUGCCAUGAAAGGGCAUUGUGAUGUUUUGCGUCUGUUGGUUGCUGCCGGCAGCAGCCUGGGACAAACAGACACUACACAAAGAUGUGCGCUGGUUCAUGCAGCUAGGACUGGAAGACUGAACGUUGUUAAGUAUUUACUGGCCAGCGACUGGACCCCAAGACAAAACUCAAAUGAUAUAACCCUCGAGAAGGCUAUGCAGCAGGCUUUGAUAGGCGCUGCCUCACAGGAUCACACAACGAUUGUUGAGGACUUAUUGGAGAUGGAGAAUGUCUAUAUUAACGACAUUGAGCCGCUAAGUGGGGAAACAGCCCUUACAGCGGCUGCAAGGAAUGGAUGCGUCGAUACUGUGGCGGUCUUACUAUCCCGGGGAGCCAAGGUUGAUGGAAGAAAUAAAUUCGGUGCCACACCACUAUGGCUUACUGUGAAGGAAGGUCACUGGGCUGUUGCGGAAAAGCUGCUUCAGAACGGAGCUCAAAUUGACGAAGCUGUUAUACCAAGCAAGAAAACACCUUUAAUGAUUGCAGCGGAAGAGGGGCUUAUAGGAAUACUAGAACUGCUAAUAGACAGAGGUGCUUCAAUAGACUCGGAAGAUUCUGAGGGUUUUACAGCUCUUUCUUGGGCUUGUUUGCGGGGGAGACAUACGGCCGCGAAAUGUCUUAUUGAAAAGGGUUGCGACAAGGAGCACGCCGAUAACAAUGGACGAACGCCACUUGACCUUGCCGCCUACCAAGGCUCCGCAAGUCUGGUGCAGUACCUUCUUGACCAAGGAGCCAAAAUUGAACACAUAGAUGUGAAUGGUAUGCGUCCACUGGAUAGGGCUAUAGCCUGUCGAAACAUUCAAGUAGUUCAGGUCUUUCUAAAGCGAGGAGCUAAACUAGGGCCCACGACCUGGAGCAUGGCCAUGGGAAAACCAGAAAUACUAGUUGUCCUAUUAAAUAAGCUGCUAGAAGAUGGCAAUGUGUUGUACAGAAAAAACCGGUUCCAGGAAGCUGCUCAUAGAUACCAAUAUGCGCUGAAGAAAAUUGCCAACAUUGAAACUCUGCUGGACAAAAACUCUGUCUUUACACAGCUUCGGGCAAAUUUGUUGCUAAAUCUAUCACGGUGCAAGAGAAAAUUAAAUGAACUUGACGAAUCUACUGAAUUAGCCACACAAGCUAUUGACCAGAAACCCACGAGUUACGAAGGUUACUAUGCCAGAGCAAAAGCUAAAAUGGAACAAGGUGAACUAAAUGAUGCUUUGGUUGACGCCAAUGAAGCCAUGCAGAAAGCCGCUCAGAGCGGUGUCUUGCCAGAGGUUGUUGAGGUUUUGAGACGAAUUCAAAAUGAACUUCUUGUAAGGAUCAACGAAGCAACCCAUGGCACUGUUGUUGUAAACGGAUGCAAUGAGACGGAGUCUCAAAACGAAAUGACCGACUUAUAGUUAUAAUACCAAUUUUAUAUAUUUUGUUGGACUUUCUAUAAUUUUUUAAAGAAAUACAAAAUUUAAAGCACAUCUUCCGGGUGAAGUUCUUUUUUUAACAUUUUAUUGAUAGAACAAAAUAAUAUUAUUAUUCAUAAACUAUGAUAUAUUUUUCAAUUAUUAUUAUUUAUAAAUAUAAUACAACCUAUCUUGAUUUGUUUAGUGAUUUAGUUCAAAAAAUUCUAUUAUUUUAUAUUUAUAUACGUCACUCGAUACACACCUUGUACAUAUUUAACAAGUUAUAUUAAUUCGCCUUUCAUUCAACUUUUAAUUUGUAAUUGUAUAUCAUUAUUUUACGUGUUGUUUUAUUAUGUAAUAAGAUAAAAACAAAUUAAUAUUUUUAUUUAUAUGCUUAUGUAUUUUUGUAAAGUAAAAUUAUCACAACCAGCAUUCGAAAACCAAUUUUGAAUUAU